AUGAGUUCCCAGAGUACAAAAAAUUCUGCAAAUGAAACUUUGCUUCAUCCAAAAAUGUUUUACAUAACUGGUUUAAAUGGUUUGGCUUUUGCUAACUAUUUUUAUAUUUUUUUGUUCAUUGUCUAUGUUUUUACAGUGUUUUCUAACAUGUUUGUCAUCUCGUUAAUAUAUUUUGAUCAAAGUCUUCAUAACCCAAAAUAUAUUGCUGUCAGUCACUUAGCUUUAGCUGAUGUAUGUACAUCUACAGCUUUAGUUCCUAAAAUAAUAGAUACAUUUCUUUUUAACUCUAAUUUUAUUACAUAUGAUGCAUGUUUAACUAAUAUGUUUUUUGUAAAUUUCUUUAACGUAAUGCAGUCUCUUUCUCUUGCAAUGUUAGCAUAUGAUCGAUUUCUUGCUAUAUGCUUCCCCUUACAAUAUCACAAUAUUAAUACUAACAGCAGGAUGGUCCUAAUUAUAUUUUCACUUUGGGUGUUUGCUGGGGCUUUGUUGUCUACAAUGGUGUUCCUAAUUACAAGACUCAGCUUCUGCAAGUCGACAGUGAUAAACAGUUAUUUUUGUGAUUAUGGACUUGUCUACAUAUUAGCUUGCAAUGAUUUUCACCUGAACUUAAUAAUUGGUUUUUCAUGCAUAGCUUUUUUGCUUUUUGUGCCACUGACCUUCAUCCUCAUUUCAUAUGUAGCUAUUUGGUUUGCCUUGCUGAAAAUUGCAACAACAGAAGGAAGGCAGAAAGCGCUAAAAACAUGUACUUCACAUAUGAUCUUGGUGGCAAUGUUUUAUCUUCCAAUAGCUUUUUCAUAUCUUGCAUCACAGUUUACAAUUUUUCCCAAUGCAAGGAUUUUAUGUAACUCAUUAGCUACAACAGUUCCCCCAAUGCUGAACCCUGUCAUUUAUACACUGAAGACUGAAGAGAUAAUGACUUCUAUCAAAACGUUACGAAAGAAAAGACAGACGAAAAGAGUAAUGACUCAAACAGCCAAAUCCAGUAAUAAAACAAUCACUAAACAUAUAAAUCCAAAUUAA